AUGUCCGCGGGAUCCCCGGAACCCGCUGUACUAUGCAACAAAGCACCUCCACCUUUAAGUCGAAGGUGGAGGAGAGGAGAAAAGUUUGUAUUAAUGAUUGUAUGGCUUCCGGAUCCUAGCUUAGAUGAUCUUUUGCCGGCAGACGACACAGCAUGGGACCAAGGCGUAGGUCAAUGCUCUCAGUGGUUUUCUGUAUCAGAGGAUUCCUUUACGUUAUCCUCGCUGAUGACUAGUCACGUGAGUUGCUGGGUCAUGUCUCCAAUACAAUUAGACCAAACUCAUCAGUCAAUGACUGUCGCUUCUCUAAACGCGAAGUUCCCAAAUUACGAUCAAACAGCGUUUGUUUACAGUAUGCGCCCUGGCUAUAUUCUGGCAUUGACACGGAGCGUUCUCCGCAUGCAAGAGUUAUCAUUCAACAAAUCACUAAGGGUCGCAAUCCUGAGGAUAUAUCACCAUGGGGCCUCUUUUUUGCAUACCACAUUUAUAGAAUCUCCAUGCUGCUCAGUCGAGAAACCUCAGGCUCUAGCCAAUGAACCUCAGCCUCCUCUGCGGUUACGCAAAGCCUGCGAGAGGCUUUUCUGGCAAUUAAUGUCAGGUGGAAUCGUUUAUGUCCAGCUCCCUGAGGCACUAGAAGUCAUAGUAAGUAUUGAGCGAAAAGUGAGGCGGGGACGGACUAUCCAAGAUCCAAUAGCCAUACCUCCAAGCCCUAUCUCGGACCUUGCGGAAGCACCUCGGCGGAACCCUAUAGCCUUUCCAGCCAGGCAUAACCUUACCGAAAUGCAGAGGAUCGUCACCCCUUUCGGAUGCAUUAAGCCCAUGCAAUUGUGUGUUGGUCAUUUAUUUCGUUUCCCGGCCGCCGCUUCCUUUCGGCGUGCCGAUCCUUCCGUCUCCUCGUUUAGCCCCUUUCAGCUGCGCAUGACCGUGCAGCCACGCGAGGCCCCUGCUCCGGAUGCACACCGUCUCUUCCGAUCAGACGCCCUACAGUGGAAUACAGUCAACUCUUGA